GGCGCUGAGCCGGCGACCAGCUCAGCGCCCAGAGCCUCCGAGGCGCGGCGGGAGCGCAGCGAGUGCUGGGCGCUCCGAGGGCUCCCGCGACCCGAGGUCGCUUGUGCUCGUGCUCGGAGCUCUCCCGCGGCCCGACGGCUUCCGCGGCCCGAGGUCUCUAGUACUCCGAGAUCUCCCGCCGUCCGAGUUCCCCCGUGGCCCGGGGUCUCCGCCCCCACCAUGCGGCAGAGGAGCCCUGGACUACUGCUGCUGCUACUCUGUGGCCUGCGAGCUGAGAUUCAAGAAGAAGCAAUCAGAGCGAUGGUGGGCAGUGAUGUCUGGCUCAGCUGCACUUACCCCGAAGGAAACACCUUCGAUUUAAAUGACCUUUAUGUUUACUGGCAAAUCAGUGUGCCGGGCAAACAGAACACCAACUCUGUGGUGACUUACUACCUCUCGGGAAACAGCUCUGCCGGCCACGUUAACAACCACUACAAAGACCGGGCCCGGCUGUCCCUGGACGGCAUGAAGCAGGGCGACUUCUCUCUGCACCUGCACAAUGUCACUCCCCAGGACGAGCAGAAGUUCAACUGCCUGGUGUUUCGGAAAUCCUUAGAAUUAGAAAAGAUUUUGGAAGUCACGGUCACGCUAAACGUGGCAGCAAACUACAGCAUGCCGGUGGUCAGCGGCCCAUCCCAGGACGAGGAGCUGGUCUUCACGUGCACGUCCACGAAUGGCUACCCGUGGCCCAAAGUGUACUGGAUCAACAAGACGGACAACAGCCUGCUGGACGACGCCCUGCAGAACAGCACCGUGUCCCUAAACGCGCGGGGCCUGUACAACGUGGUCAGCGUCCUGCGGAUCGGGCGGAGCCCCGCCGUCGACGUGGGCUGCUGCAUUGAGAACGUGCUUCUUCACCAGAACCUGACCAGCGGCCAGACGGAAAUGUUCAUGGGAACCAAGGACAGCAUCACAGAGGACCCAGUGGACGACACCCAAGAUGCGGUGAACCCGCCGGUUCUCAGCGUCCUUGCUGUGCUAGUCGUGGCCGUGGCCGUGGCCGUGGCCACGGGCUGGCUGUGCAAGCGGAGAUGUCCCUACAGAAGCUACGCAGGCGCCCAGGCUGCGAGGCCGGAGCUGGAGCUCACGGGUCAGUUUGCCAGGAGGGAAGGAGACCCGUGGAGGAAGCGUGGGUCCACGGGCUCGGGCGAGCUGGGCGCUCCACUCUCUCUGUGCCCGCCUUUCAGCACGGGUGCUACUCGAUGACCAGGAAAUAGGCGUUUCCAGUUUCAGAGACGGUGAAAUCCCAAGCGAAGGCCUGUCCCCCUGGCCUUCCUUGGCGUGUAAGCCCGUCCUCUCGCUGACACUGUGCUGGGAUUUUCCAAACGUACAGCCACGCGCACAUGUCAGCAGAGAGCCUGGGACCACAGCCCCGCUGCCCCUCCCCAGCUGCCCGGCUCGUCCUCCUGUUCUCCCUCGUCUCAGCCCCACCCCUCGGGGGCGGGGCCUCUCCAGCGGGUCCAGACCCUUUGUUCGGCACCUCAGGGUCCCAGAGCAAAGGUCAGAGUGAUUCCCGCCCCAGUUUGGGAAAGUAGCCACACGCAGGGCCUUCAGUUUCGGUUUCCUACUGGCAGGUGCCUCGGGCUGCCAGGCCUUGGUGGUCAGGCCAGCGGGCUCCACGCCUGAGGCCAACGACCAUGCCCUGAGCCCCGUUUCUCCACCUGUGAGAAGGGUCGCCAGGGGAGGGUGGGCCCGAGGUGAGCACGACCCACACGGCAGUGGCCGCCCACCUGUUCACCCAGGUGAUUCCGGGGCACGCGGCUGCCUGGGGCUGCAGCAGAUUCCCUCCCGAGGCUGCCUACAGACCAUGCGGGACACGGCUUGCUAAAGAAUCCGGGCCUGCUGACCCGAGAGUCCGAUGCAGCGCCCGUCUGCAGGCGUUUUCAACCCUGUUUUCACCGUCCUGGUUCCUGAGAAGAUGAGUCUCUGCUUGCAGAGAGAAUGAGCCAGCUCUGUGCUCAUGCCCCUCUCCUCUUUCCUUCCAAGAGCACGUGUGAUGAGAGCUCCCCCAGGACGUGCCACCAGUGGGGACGUCGGGUGGCAGCUUGAGAAUUGACCCGGGCAGGCUGGACAGAGGACACCAUCUGCGCCCGUAUUGGGGGCUGCACGGACACUGGGCCACCUGGCCUUGUGGGGACACGCAGGCACCCCCUGGAAGGGCCACGCUGACCCCAGGGAGCACGUGGCGGGCACUGACCUGAUCCUGGCAGCCCUUUCAAAAGGUCGGCAACUCCUCGGGGUUACGUGUGCCCCCAAGUAGGUGGGCUGCCCACCUUCGCUGCCAAACACAGAACAAGAAAAGGGUUGUGACGGCUCCUUUCCGCCACCAGCCCCCGAGAGCCUGCGGCGCUUCUCAGCAUCCUGGACCGGACGGGCUCCUGAGGCCACUCUCUUCCAGGAUGACCUGCGCUAGGCCGUGUUCGCUCCAGGUUCAGGGGCCACGUGCUGGCUCUGCCGGUCAGUCUCCUGCCCCACCUCCGCCCUGAGGACCCGGCGUCUGUGCAGACGCGUCCUGAAGCACUGAGCGGGCGGCACCAGACAAACCCCUGGAACUCAUGUCCCUCCAGAACACUCCCUGGGAGGAAAACCCGACCUCAUUUGUUGGUCAAAAGCUAGGUUUCCCUCCUCAAAAACACAAUGAAAAAACAAAAACAGUGGAAUUUUGGGAGAAGGUCUGUGCUGGGCGGUGCAGCUGGGCGUGGUGGCCCGGGGUUCCGCUGCGGGGGACAGGCAGGCAGGGCUGGGACACACAUCUCCAGAAGACACCAGCAUGGACAGGUGACCGUCACAGUCCUUCAAACUGGGGCCGUGAGUGGACGGUGGGCGGCCUUCCGGCCGCGUGGCCGCCUUUCUUCAAACGCAGAAGCAGUUCCCUCAAAUCCUGCUGGGCAGCCCCUGCAGGCCCUCGCGGGCCUCCCCUGGGGACCUGCACGGUCGUGACGGAGACUUCACCUCACGUGCCGGGUUCCUCAGAGCCCGCUGGGCCCCCGGGUGACUGGAGUGGGGCAGUGGCCAAGUCCACGGAGGCGGCAGCCCGACGCCCUGACCCUGCCCAGGCGGUUUCCAUGUUGAUUCCUGCAUUGCAUCUAGCAGUUCACUGUUUCCAGAAGGUUCUGCAAAGGUGGCUGCCAGGUAACCCUGGUGGGCACGCCCCCAGGAAACGGGUCUGUUGCCCCUGGCCCUGUGGUCAUUCAGCACCGACGGGCACGUGAGGCCUGUGCUCCCCAGACCCAGACUUACAGCAAACUCAGCAAGGCCGGCUCAGCGCAGGACCUCAGCCAACAGCGUUCUGUUGUGUGUGUCUGUCUUUGUACCCAAGAGCCCUCACGUGGCUUUUAAAUAGGUGUGAGGGGUCCACACAGACUUGAGCAUGAAAGCAUUAGAAGACAAGUGUGGUUCCUCAAAGAACGACAGCAGGUGACUCACGGCGCCUCGAGCAAGAAGCCCGAGGGGCCCUGAGUGCAGCAGGUGGGGUGCGUCAGGUGGUCGCAGGCCUGUCCCCAGUGACGGUGAUGUGACACCAGGACGGGUGCACCUAGGGCCCUCUCCGCCGUCCUGCCCGGGGUCCAGCCUGCAGACCCUGAGAGGCCCCUGGAGCUGGUCGGGGCGGCGUUCUCCGCCCGGCAGGACAGGGCAGCCGCAGGGAGACUGAGUGUCCUUCCAGCUUUCCUAGAAGGGAUUUCCUUCUUGGGGAAGCGGCUAGGCCGGCCUCCCGCUCAGGCCCCGUGACGCGGCCGCCCGCGGCUCUCCCCGCGUGUGCUUGCGGGCUCUGCCUGGGCCCUGGGCUCCCGGGCGGUCGAGGCCACGCCCUGCAGGCUCCAGACCCUGAGUCAUCAUCUCCCCGCUGGGCCCCAACGGCCCCUCACCGCUCCCUCUGGUCCCCGGGGCCACGGUGCGCUCUGCCCCGCUCGCACAGGUCACCCUGGGCCUGUCCACCCUGGGGGCCGUGGCUUGCGCCUCACGCUGUGUCGUGGACAGUGUGCGGCCACAUUUUGACGUUUCUGGAAGGCUGGUUUUGGAGAAUACAGGCAGUCGGCGUGGCUGUGUCUGGCAGCUUUGGUCAGUGUGCGCGCGGGCUCGGUGCACUCAGCCCGUCCUGAUUGCCGUCGGGGACCCUGCCCCUGCCCCGUCCGUCCUCACCUGGGUGGCCCCGUCCCCCAGGGGACGUUGGUUAGCGUGGAGGCAUUUUGGUUGUCCCUCUCGGGGGUUCCUACUGGCUUCUAACGGGUGGUGAGCGGGACACUGCUCGACGUCCCACCAUGGAUGGGGACCCAGAGGUCAGUGACCUGAGGGUGAGGAUCCCGUGUCACCUUCCCGGGGAGGGCAGGGCAGCGAGCCGCUGUCCCGGUCCCCCUUGCACGGGGCACAGGAGAGGCGACUCAUGGUUCAGGGUCAGGCCCAGGGAACGUUCCAGGUCAGGGGCCGGCCGGGAGCAAGAGUCCGAGGUGCUGGCACUGCCGUGGGGGCAGAGGCCACCUGGCCGUCCCAGCAGCCGGAGUCCUGGUCUUUGUGGCCCCGUGGCCCCUGCCCCCAGAGCCCUGCUCACAGUAGCUGCACAGUGAACACCCAUGGGGAGGCGGAGCCAGGCCGGCAGAUGGAGGCUCGUCUCGAGGGCAGGGGACAGAGGGAAGUAGCAGCUGCGUGACGCGAGCGCCUCACCCUCCCGCCAGGUGAGAAGGCCGGAGCCAGCUUCUGCCUGCAGCUCGGACCCGCCCCGUGACCGCAGCCCUCACCCUGGGGAGGGCAGCCGAGGCUUUGGAGAGCCUCGGGAGAAGGCCUCCCUGCUCUGUUACUGCCUGGCGCGGCCCCAGUGCUGUGACGCUGGCCGCUGGUCAGCGGCGGGGCCCGCCGGCGGCUCCGGGCAGUGCCAGUGCCGGACAGGCACAUCCUGUGCGCAUCUCCCUCCAGGCCCGACUUUUCAGAAAGAGGACGCUUCCACCGAGAAGGCAGCUUACGUGAUCUGGGGUGAUUCUGUCCUUGGUGACAGACGCCCCGCCCCACAGCCCAAAGAGCAUCUGGGGCUGAAGGGGGCAGUCUUGCCCCCCUAGGGGCCCACAGCCCCUGCCUGCCCCAACGUGUCCGUUCUCCAGCCCUGACGCAGCCCCGCCCCCU